UUUCCAGGCUUCGCAGUAACGUAGCAUCCGUGAUGGCAGAGAGAAAUCACUUCUUCCAGCUCCUCUAAUAUGCUCCCCGUCGGGAGCGCAGGGAUAAGGGUGCCACCGGUCCAGUCUCAAAAUGACCACCGGCUUCAGCUCCGGUUCCUGCCGGUUCGCAGACUACUUCGUGAUCUGCGGACUCGACACCGAAAGCGGACUGGAACCUGACGAACUGUCCGCUUUAUGCCAGUAUAUAGAGGCUACUAAAUUCAGAGAUGGGGCCAGAGGAAAGUUGGCGAGUGCAAAUGAAGGUGAGAAUUUUGAGCAGAGUCCACUGCGGAGAACCUUUAAAUCCAAAGUUCUAGCACACUAUCCGGAGAAUGUCGAGUGGAACCCAUUUGACCAGGAUGCAGUGGGCAUGCUCUGUAUGCCAAAGGGUCUGUCCUUCCGGACGCAGGUUGAUUCCCGGGAGCCUCAGUUCCACUCCUUCAUCAUCACCAGAGAGGACGGCUCUCGGACCUACGGUUUCGCCUUCACCUUCUUUGAAGAGGUGACCAGCAAGCAGAUCUGCAGUGCGAUGCAGACCCUCUACCACAUGCACAAUGCAGAGCAGUAUGACAUCUUGCACACUCCCACUUCACCACAAGGACUUGAGGACCAGCGACACUCCCUCCCCCGCCAGCACUCCCAGCAUCCCACACUCCAUGCCUCCCCCGCAAUCUCUCGCCUGCAGCGCUUCAACUCAUACGACAUCAGUCGCGAUACGCUGUACGUGUCCAAGUGCAUCUGCCUGAUUACACCCAUGGCCUUUGCCCAGGCCUGCAGGAAGGUGCUGCAGCAACUCCACCAGGCUGUCACUUCCCCCCAGCCGCCGCCCCUUCCCCUAGAGAGCUACAUUUACAACAUCCUAUAUGAAGUUCCCCUGCCGCCCUCGGGACGUUCCCUCAAGUUCUCAGGCGUCUAUGGGCCGGUGGUGUGCCAGAGGCCGAGUACAGCUGAGCUGCCGCUCUUUGACUUUGCCCUCAGUGAGAUGUUUGAUCUGCUCGGGGUGGAGAAUGUUCUUCAGCUCUUCACCUGUGCCCUCCUGGAGAUCCAGAUACUGCUCUAUUCACAGCAUUACCAGAGGCUGAUGACGGUGGCAGAGAGCAUCACGGCCUUAAUGUUCCCGUUCCAGUGGCAGCAUGUCUACGUGCCCAUUCUGCCCGCCUCCCUCCUCCACUUCCUAGACGCCCCGGUGCCAUACCUUAUGGGCCUCCACUCCAAUGGGCAGGACGACCGCACCAAGCUGGAGCUCCCGCAGGAGGCCAACCUGUGUUUUGUGGACAUCGACAACCACUUCAUUGAGCUGCCGGAGGACCUGCCCCAGUUUCCCAACAAGCUGGAGUUCAUUCAGGAGAUCUCAGAGGUGCUCAUGUCGUUUGGCGUGUCUCCAGAGGGGUACCUUCACUCCAGCGACAGCCAGGCCAAAUAUAGGGGCUUCCGCUCCGUCGAUGUGGCCUCUGACAAACGCAAUGGCAAUCUGGCCUCGCCCCUCAACUCCUACCUGCUGAGGGAGAAUGAAACCAUCGCCAGACUGCAGGCGCUGGUCAAGAGGACAGGCGUUAGUCUGGACAAGUUGGAGGUGAGGGAGGAUGCCAGCAGUAAUAAAGAUGUGCGGGUUCAGUGUGAUGAGGAGGAACUGAGGAUGCAUCAGCUCAACAUCCAGGUGCGUGAGGUCUUCGCCAACCGGUUCACACAGAUGUUUGCAGACUACGAGGUGUUUGUCAUCCAGCCAAGUCAGGACAAGGAGUCCUGGUUCAGCAACCGUGACCAGAUGCAGAACUUUGACAAGGCCUCCUUCCUCUCUGACCAGCCAGAGCCCUACCUGCCCUUCCUGUCCCGUUUCCUGGAGACUCAGAUGUUUGCCUCCUUCAUUGACAGUAAGAUCCUCUGUCAUGAUGAUGAGGAAAAGGAGCACACACUGAGGGUGUUUGACGCCCGUGUGGAUAAAAUCCGCAUGCUGAACGUCCGCACGCCCACUCUGCGCACCUCUAUGUACCAGAAGUGCACCAACAUCGAAGAGGCGGACAGCCCACUUAAAAAGCGAUAUGAAAAAGCUGAUUUUGUCGCCCCCGGACCUCAUGCCAUCGGGCUAGAGAACGAUAAGGCUCACCUUAAGAAGGCCAUUGAGAUGAGAGUGUCAAAAAUCGACCACACAGCCCUGCACCCCCACCUGCUGGACAUGAAGAUUGGUCAGGGACGCUACGAGCAGGGCUUCUUCCCCCGCCUGCAGUCGGACGUGCUCUCCACUGGGCCCACCAGCAACAAAUGGGCGAAGAGGAGCGCUCCGGCCCAGUGGAGGAGGAAGGACAGGCAGAAGCAGCACGCUGAGCACCUUUAUUUAGACAACGACCAGAGAGAGCAUGUGGAGUGUUUGUUUCCGGAGCUGCAGCUCCUGAUGUUUCUUGACUACUACUGGCUCUCCCAGUCCUUCAAGCCCUGUCUAAAGUCGGUGACUGUGGAUGUGAAGUACAUCCAGGAGGCGAGGAACCUGGGCACGACCAUCAGACAGCCCAAACUGUCCAACCUCUCACCUUCCGUCAUUGCUCAGACUAACUGGAAAUUUGUUGAAGGAUUGCUAAAGGAGUGCAGGAACAAGACCAAGCGUAUGCUGGUGGAGAAGAUGGGUCGGGAGGCGGUGGAGCUGGGUCACGGGGAGGUCAGCAUCACCGGCGUGGAGGAGAACACACUCAUUGCCAGCCUCUGUGACCUGUUAGAGAGGAUCUGGAGCCACGGGCUGCAGGUUAAACAGGGUAAAUCCGCCUUGUGGUCCCACCUGCUCCAUUACCAGGAAAGUAAAGAGAAGAAGGAUGCCACUCCGGGUGGUUUAGGACCUCCAGGGUUCAUCCAUGACACCGAAAGACGCAAAUCGGAUGGUGGCUCUGCUAUGCCCCCUCUCAAAGUCUCUCUUAUUCAGGACAUGAGGCACAUCCAGAACAUAAGUGAGAUCAAGACUGAUGUGGGCAAGGCCAGGGCUUGGGUGCGCCUCUCCAUGGAGAAGAAGCUGCUUUCCAGACACCUGAAGCAGCUGCUCUCAGACCACGAGCUGACAAAAAAACUGUAUAAGCGCUAUGCUUUCUUGCGUUGUGAUGAUGAGAAAGAGCAAUUCCUCUACCACCUGCUGUCCUUUAACGCUGUGGACUACUUCUGUUUCACCAAUGUCUUCACCACCAUCAUGAUCCCCUACCAUGUGCUGGUUGUCUCCAGUAAGAAGCUGGGUGGCUCCAUGUUCACAGCCAACCCUUGGGUGUGUGUUUCGGGGGAGCUGGCUGAGACCGGGGUGCUGCAGGUGCCCAGGAAUACCCUGGAGAUCACUUUUGAGUGCCAGAACCUGGGCAAGCUGACCACAGUGCAGAUGGGACACGACAACACGGGGCUCUACGCAAAGUGGCUUGUGGAGUGUGUCAUGGUCCGCAAUGAGAUCACAGGGCACACAUACAAGUUCCCAUGUGGCCGGUGGCUGGGGAAGGGAGUGGAUGAUGGCAGUCUAGAGAGGAUCCUGGUGGGAGAGCUGAUGACGCCCAGCACAGAGAAUGAUGACAGAAUGUGCCGAACACCCCCGAUGCAGCAGUCGCCAGGGAUGAUGAGGAGAUUUGUUACCAUCUCGCCAAACAGCAAACCAAAGUUAAACACAGGUCAGAUCCAGGAGGGAGUGGGAGAGGCCAUCAAUGGCAUCGUGAAGCACUUCCACAAGCCGGAGAAGGAGAGGGGCAGUCUGACCCUUCUAUUGUGUGGAGAGUACGGCCUUGUCUGGGCACUGGAGCAAGUGUUCCAGCACGGUUUCAAAUCACCCCGACUCUUUAAGAAUGUCUUCAUCUGGGACUUCUUAGAAAAGUCACAAGUGUACUUUGAGAGUGCAGAGCAGCGAGAGGUGACUCUAGAUGAGAAUUGGCAAACCAGAGUGCGCCACUUCUGCCGCUUCAUGCGAGCCAUCAACAACACAUCCAGGAACAUCGGGAAGGACGGGAAGUUCCAGAUGUUGGUCUGUCUUGGUGCAAGGGAUCAUUUGCUGCACCAUUGGAUCGCUCUGCUCGCAGACUGUCCAAUCACCGCUCAGAUGUAUGAGGACAUUGCUCUGAUUAAGGACCAUUCAUUGGUAAAUUCUCUGAUCAGAGUGCUACAAACUCUGCAGGAGUUCAACAUUACCCUAGAGGCUUCGCUUGUCAAAGGUGUUGGUAUCUAAACCUGCCCAACUUCUAAACAAUUGGACCUGACCAGGAAAAUCACUGGGGACCACUCAAAAGAACUGAACAUUUUUUAUGCAGGAAGAGACUUGAACAAAGGACAUUUUCUGGCUUAUAUUAAAGCUACUGUUACAUUUGCCAUAUAUUAAGUGCAAUGAGCCUUUCAAGAUAUGUUGUUAUUUUUAUCCUCAAUGAUGUUGCCAUUAGAUGUUAAAAAUAUGUUUUCUAUUAUGAUCCAUGAUUUUCACAUUAUUGAUGAUAACCCACUUGUGCUAUACUGUUUUAUUGAAAGCUAAAUAUUUUCAUUGUUAUCAUGAACUGCUGACAAUGGCUAUAUUUAAGGGAAAACAAGUAACAAAAACUGUUAAUAUAUUUUCAGAGAAGAACAGUAUUAUUUUGUUAAGUCUGUCAAGUUGCUUGCUCUGUUGUCUACUCAGAUUCCAAUGUCAUAAUGCAGAGCUUGAGGCAAAUGAUGUAGAAGUAUGCUUUAUAAGUAUGUGUAUGACAGGGGGUAGACAUUUUUCUAGUGUGGGAGAUGAUUUCACCUGCAUACAUAAAACAGUUUCUUACAUUUGGGCCAUUCCCUGGGAAGCGUACUAGUAUGCAAAUCUUUUACAACGGAAGAACUUGAGCAGAGAUGGGCUGCCUCUUGCAUGACUGGAAGACUGUGUCGUUACUAUGCCAGCGACAGACAGUGCAUUCAGUCGGACGAGGAAAAUACCCCGAGUCAUCGCUUGACGUUGUGGACACAGCUCCUCCUCAGAGCUCAACUCAUCCUCUUGUGCAGAGUGGAUCAUAAUGAAAGCCUUCAUGUAAAUACCUCAAACCAGUCCUUCUCCUCUGACCGCCAUCCCAUUCAGACCCCUUAACACUACAUUUUGCUCUGCUCUCUCAACAAAAAAACUGCUAGUGUGCUCUCUGUAGACUCCUUGUGAUCUCGGAUCUUCAUAAGCCUGACACGGCCGUUGUAAAGAGCUGAGAGGAGCGCUCUCCCCCUCCCGAAUUGUCAUCAUGGUUUCUGCUAUGCAAUAUCCACAUGAGAAAAGUUAACCCUUAUAAACUAUACUGUAUAUUGGGGAAUCCUGAGGUCUAACUGGGCCCUCCUCCAUUACCCAUUAACCCUUCUGUGCAGGACAAGAGAUUUGAUAAUAAGAUGUGAAGGAUGUCUUUCCUGUGCCAACAAUGUCUGGAUUGCUUGUGUUGUACUUGUCUAUGUAUGACCCUCAUGAGCAUCUUGGGAGAUAUAUAUUUUUGUUUUCCAAUACUGUUGUACAUUUAUUGACAUAGCUGUGUAAUGUAGUGUUUACUAAGUGAGCAACAGUGUACAGUGUAAAAAAUAUAAAGAAUAAAGCAUCAAUAAUGCAUAAAAAGGAA